UCACUCCUAACUUCUCCCGAGCCUCUAGAAGAGAAAUGCGCUCUUCUGGGUCCUAACGGAGUCUGGAAGAAGGCUUUGGACAGAACAGGGACUAGGUUCUGUGGACAGAAACAAAGUGUUUGGGAGAGACUAUGGCCAGUGGUCAAGCGCACCCUCCGUUUGAGGAGGAAAGCCCCCAGCCUAGCACAUCGGUGCAGUCCCCCCAGGUGGUGACGGAUGAUGAAGUGCCAGGACCAUCAGACCCUUGGGUAGAUCCCAGCCCCCAGCCUCAAUCUCUUGGCAUGAAAAAGAAGAGGGAAUGGUCAGACGAAUCCGAGGAAGAGCCGGAGGAGGAGCUGGAGUUGGAGCGCGCCCCUGAGCCCCAGGACACCUGGGUGGUGGAGAUGCUGUGUGGGCUCAAGAUGAAGCUGACGCGCAAGCGAGCAUCCUCCGUGCUCCCUGAGCACCACGAGGCCUUCAACAGGCUGCUUGAGGAUCCUGUCAUUCAAAAAUUCCUGGCCUGGGACAAAGAUCUGAGGGUGUCAGACAAAUAUCUCCUGGCUAUGGUCAUAGCGUACUUUAGCCGUGCCGGCCUCUUCUCGUGGCAAUACCAACGCAUUCAUUUCUUCCUGGCUCUCUACCUGGCCAGUGACAUGGAGGAGGACAACCAGGCCCCCAAACAAGACAUCUUCUCCUUCCUCUAUGGCAAGGACUACUCCCAGCGACCCUUGUUCCAUAAGCUUCGAUACCAGCUCAUCUGCUCCAUGCGUUGGAGAACGUGGGUUUCCCCAGAGGAGAUGGAGGAGAUCCAGGCUUAUGACCCAGAGCACUGGGUGUGGGCCCGAGAUCGCACCCUCAUUUCCUAG